CAGAGCGAUCCGGUCUGUUGGGGAAGAGUGCCAGGGACGCGGUGGGCUGAGUAGAGUGUUAUCUCUUCAUGUCUGGGAUUAUAAAGGCCAUGGCGAAGUUUCGUCUGGCUGUUGUGCAGCUGCACGUAACAAAGUUAAAGGCUGAAAACUUGUCUCGAGCUCAGAAGCUGGUGAAGGAGGCGGCAGGGCAGGGGGCAAAGGUCGUGGUCUUACCUGAGUGCUUCAACUCUCCAUACGGGACGGGAUACUUUGCGGAAUACGCGGAGAAAAUUCCGGGAGAAUCGACGCAGGUCCUGGCGAAGCUCGCUGAGGAGUGUGGGGUUUAUCUAGUAGGCGGCUCCAUUCCAGAGGAAGAUGAAGGGAAGCUCUUUAACACCUGCUCAGUUUUUGGGCCUGAUGGGAAAUUACUGCUUAAACACAGGAAGAUCCACCUGUUCGACAUCGACGUUCCUGGGAAAAUCCGUUUCCAGGAGUCGGAGACACUGAGUCCGGGGAGCAGUCUGUCCGUGUUUGAGACCCCGUACUGUCGAGUGGGAGUGGGGAUCUGCUAUGACAUCCGCUUCGCAGAGCUCGCGCAGAUCUACGCCAAGAAAGGUUGUGAGCUGUUGGUUUACCCCGGAGCCUUUAACAUGACCACAGGACCUGCUCACUGGGAGCUGCUUCAGAGAGCUCGGGCCGUGGAUAAUCAGGUGUACGUGGCCACGGCUUCACCGGCGAGAGAUGAGAGCGCCAGCUACGUGGCCUGGGGUCACAGCUCGGUCGUUAACCCCUGGGGUGAAGUGAUCGCACAAGCACAGUCUGAAGAGGGCGUAGUGUACGCCGAUAUCGACCUGCAGUACUUGGCCGACGUGCGUCGACAGAUCCCCAUCACGACGCAGAGGCGUAAAGAUAUAUACACUGUGAACGCUGUUAACGAGGGCUGAGUCGGCGUGAUAACAUCCUAAUAAUCCUUAUCCAAAUUUCAUUUCAAUUCAGAUGUAAUCCAAAUAAUCCCAAUCCCGACAUCCCAAUAAACCCCAAUCUUGACGAUCCCCAUCUUUAUAUAAUCCAGAUGAUCCCUAUCAGAAUAUAUCCUUAACAUUCUCUAUCUGAAAUAUAAUCCUGAUUAUUCCCUAUCCAGAUAUACUCCCAAUAACCUUUUUCCUUUUUGGAUUUAAUCCCUCUCUCAUUCACUUUCAGCAAUCGUUGUCUCGGGCGCACUGGGCGCGGGCCCGGGAUGGGACAUCACAGUCCUAGUAAUUCCUACAUGGAUAUCAUCCCUAUCUGGAUAGAAUCCUAUAAACAGUCUCUGUCCUGAUAUAAUCCUGUUAUUCCCUCUCCAUGUAUAAUACCAAUAAUUUCUGUCUGUACGUAAUCCCUAAAAUAUAUCUAUCUUAUAUAUAAAUCUCUAUCCAGAUAUCAUUUUGAUAAUCCCUGUCUGGAUAUAAUCAUGAUAAGGAUUAUAUUUAGGUAGGGAUUAUCAUCUCUGUCCGGAUAUAAUCCUGUUAUUCCUAAUCUACAUGUAAUUCCAAUGGAAUAUGGAUAGAAUCCUUAUAAUCCCUGUCUGGAUAUACUCACUAUCAGGAUAUAAUCCCAUUCAGGAUAUAGUGUCUAUAAUCCCUGUCUAGAUAAACUCUCCAUAGUCUCUAUCUGAAUAUAAUCCCUAUCAUUUCUUUUUGGACCUAGUCCUGAUAAUCUACAUCCAAAUAAAAUCAUUUUUUCCCCCAAUCCAGAUUUAAUCCUUAUAAUCCCUAAUCAAAUACAACGCCUAUAUGCCCUAUGCAGAUAUAGUCCUAAUAAUUCCUGUAUGGAUAUUAUAAUGCUGUUCCCUUUGAGAACAUCAUCGUUAUACCUGGAACCUGCAGGUGUUAACGGUGUCUUUGUUGCACGUUUGAUCAGUGACCGUCAGAGGGAACAGGUUUAACCGUCACACAGUGCCUGACGUCAUAUAUCAGCGUUUAUCUCAGGACGGAAAAAAAAAACAUUAUCAUCGUUCAUAUUAAAGAAAUGACAGACUGUCAGUGUAAAUCUAGGGACGUUAAGGCACUUCGAAUGAUUUACAUGACAGUGAGAACGAAUGCUGUGAAUACUGUUUAAAUCCUCCUACUGCCUGGAAUGAGUGAUGUUAUGACCUGUGACACUGGAGAAAUAAAAAUGGAAAUUUCUACCCACAUCCCCUCCCCCCCUCUCUGAGUUUAGGACAACCCAUGAAAAAGUCAAAACCAGGAAGUACAAAGAAAACAGGACUCCAGACAAACUGAUCAGAAGGCUAAACACAGAACAGGUGAACACAGUAGAGUAACAAGCCAAGGACAGGACCGGCGUGAAGACGGGGUUCAGACAGAAACGAAAACAAAAACUGUGUGGCUCUUGUUGCCAUAGAAACCACAACUGUUUCACAUCGAUAAUCUACAUCACGACAAAGUUUUAUCACGUUACACGCUGUCGCGAUAACGUUUGUACGAAGCACGUCCGGGUCCGUCGUUCGGCAAUAACGAAGCAGCUUUUAAAAGUGAAAAAAAAAGCGGCAAAGACGAGGAAGCCCGAGCUCAAGAACACCACGCUCCGGUGUUAAACAUAUUUAAAUCACAGCACUAUUGAAUUCUGGGUCGUGAUUGGUCAGACGGUGUUGAUUAGUUUUCUAUAACCGCAGCUUUAAUUUAAACAGACGGGAUAUGCCGGUUUAUAUCAACGCGCUCGUUAGCCUACAUAAUAGCCUGCGUUAUCGUUUCCAUGGUAACGUAAUUCCGGCCUGUUUUCGCCAAAAGACGAGAUCUUAGAGCUGAGCACUUUGUUCUUUUCCUGUCUGUCUUCCGUAAACAGACUCCGUGCCCUCAUGCUAUGUAAAUCUGCGCUUGUGGAAUCUGUUACGCGAUCAAAAAUAAUGGCGCUGUCUGUGGAGGUGGGAUUGUGAUGGCAGGCCUGGCAUGAAUCUGCAUAAAAUUUCAAUAAUGGCACCUGCUGCCAGGGGUAGAGCAGUACCUGAUAAGUCAACACACACACACACACACACACACACACACAUUCAGACCUGGGGGUUAAAUAGAGCUGUCAUUCUUUUUAAAUUCUUUAGAUUGUCCUGAGGGGUUUGGCUGGAAUUCCCUGCGUAGUCGCGCCAUAUGACUGGUAGUUUUCGGCAGCAGUACACGAUUCAGUGUGGUGGUGCAGUGGGAGGCUCUGCCGCUUCACGACUCCAGGGUUUGAUCCUGAGCCGCUCUGGUUGCUGUCUGUGGAGUUCAGCAGGUUCUCGUCAUGUCCAUGAGGAUCUCCUGAACGGAGCUGAAGAUAAACGUAGCUGCUUAA